UCACAAGUGCGUGGCAAUUUUUUUGUUGCUAGCCCGACGGGUUCGUGAUAGGGUGACAGCAACAAGGCUGACGUCAGACGCCUAGGCUACAAAAAGACUCCCCGCAGUUCUCCGCAGGAACAGAAACUUGGCUGCUUUCAUCGUCUGAGCACUGCGGAUUUCAGGGCUCGUCGAAUCGGCGAGAAAGGGCGACAUCACACGCCCCGGUGCAACCGUUGGAAAGGGUAUAUAAGAGCCGCAGUCACCACGAGGCAGCAUCCAGUCCUUUUGCCAGCAGCGUUCCAGGACCACUGAGAUACCAGAAUCAUGAGGAGUAUGUUCGUUCUGGCCACCAUUUUCGCGGCCUUGGCAGCUGCUAGCGCCGGCUACCUGGGCGGAUACGGAGGCGGUGGCUACGGCGGAGGAGGCUACGGUGGCGGCGGCUACGGCGGAGGAGGCUACGGCGGUUAUGGCGGCGGUGGGUAUGGUGGCCACGGCGGCUACGGCGGAGGCGGCUACGGCGGUGGAUAUGGAGGCGGCGGAUACGGCGGACACGGAGGAUACGGCGGAGGAGGAUACGGCGGAGGAGGAUACGGCGGAGGAGGAUACGGAGGAGGCGGCUACGGAGGUGGCGGCUAUGGCGGUCACGGCUGGUGGUAGAGCGAGGCAGUCGAUCCGCCAUUCAUCUUGUAGACCCCAUCUUCAGAAACCAUGUUUUUUGUAAAUAAACUUUUCAAACGACAA